AUCUCGUCGUCUAGUUUUGGUUUUGCAUCAAAUCCCACAGAGCUUCGUCGUCGUCUUCUUGUUCUUCAUCUUCAAAAGCUCAAACGGAGGACAGAUUAGAAUGCAACUGAAAGCUCGUAGACUUCAGGUCAUUUUUCUAAUUCUAUGUCUAUGCUCUCUUUUCAUCAAUGCUCGUCCAUAUCUCAUCGUCAUCUCUCAAGAUGACCUCAAGGAUGGUGCACUCGCCGACGACUUCCCCGAUUCCGCCGAGUGGGAUGAAUUUGGGGAACCUGAAUCUCAAAACUCCAGCGAGGAGCUCGACCCUGGCUCUUGGCGCCCUAUAUUCGAACCGGAUUCCCCUUCCUCCGCCUCCGACGCGCCGGAGGAUCUGUACUACACUGCUUUAGGGAAAUUUAUGUCGUCGGUGAGUUCCGGUGACUUAAGGUUGAUGGAGGAGGCGGUUGCGGACAUUGAUCAAGUUGCUGCGGGGAGUGGGGAUCCGCACGCGCAAUCGGUGCUAGGGUUACUACAUGGAAUGGGGAUAAUGAAGGAGACGAACAAGGCUAAGGCGUUUAUGUAUCAUUACUUUGCCGCUGAAGGGAAUAAGCAAUCUAAGAUGGCUCUUGCGUAUAUUUACUUCAGGCAAGAAAUGUAUGAGAAAGCAGUCAAGCUUUAUGCUGACUUAGCAGAGGUAGCUAUUAACAGUUUAUUAGUUUCUAAGGACUCUCCAGUGAUUGAACCUGUGAGGAUCCAUAAUGGGGCUGAGGAGAACAAGCAAGCCUUGAGAAAGUCUAGAGGAGAGGAGGACGAAGACUUCCAAAUUUUGGAGUAUCAGGCGCAGAAGGGUAAUGCUGGAGCUAUGUAUAGAAUUGGACUAUUUUACUAUUUUGGACUGAGAGGGUUGAGGCGUGAUCAUGCCAAGGCACUGUCCUGGUUUUCCAAGGCUGUGGAGAAAGGUGAACCAAGGUCUAUGGAACUAGUUGGAGAGAUAUAUGCAAGGGGUGCCGGAGUUGAGAGGGAUUACACUAAGGCACUUCAAUGGCUAACUCGUGCGUCCAAGCAGCCAUCAUUUUCUGCUUAUAAUGGCAUGGGGUAUUUGUACGUCAAGGGCUAUGGAGUGGAGAAAAACUUUACCAAGGCCAAGGAGUACUUUGAGAAAGCUGCCAAUAACGACGAGUCUGGUGGUCAUUAUAAUCUAGGAGUUAUGUAUCUUAAAGGAAUUGGAGUAAAGAGAGAUGUGAAGAAGGCAUGUACUCAUUUUAUAGUGGCUGCUAAUGCUGGACAACCAAAGGCAUUCUAUCAGCUGGCAAAGAUGUUUCAUACUGGUGUUGGGCUCAAGAGGAAUAUUCCUAUGGCAAGUGCACUGUACAAAUUAGUUGCUGAACGAGGACCUUGGAGUUCAUUGUCUAGAUGGGCAUUGGAAUCGUAUCUGAAAGCUGACAUUCGCAAGGCUUUCUUCUUGUAUACAAGAAUGGCAGAGCUAGGAUACGAGGUGGCACAAAGCAAUGCAGCAUGGAUACUUGACAAAUAUGGAGAACAAAGCAUGUGUCUGGGGGAAUCUGGCUUUUGUGCCAAGGCAGAAAGACAUCAAAGAGCUCAUUCUCUUUGGUGGCAAGCAUCCGAGCAGGGCAACGAACAUGCCGCCUUACUGAUUGGGGAUGCAUAUUACUACGGUCGGGGCACUGACGUAGAUUAUGAUCGAGCUGCGGAAGCAUACAUGCAUGCCAAAUCCCAGCUAAAUGCACAAGCCAUGUUCAACCUUGGUUACAUGCAUGAACAUGGUCUAGGCCUUCCGUUUGACCUUCACCUAGCCAAGCGUUACUAUGAUCAAGCUCUGGAACUUGAUCCAGCUGCUAGGUUGCCAGUCAAGUUGGCUCUAGGAAGCCUGUGGUUACGAAAGAAUCAUGCGGACUGUUUUCUGGUCCAUGUGAUUGAUUCGUUGCCAGAAGUUUAUCCAAAAAUUGAUGCAUGGGUGGAGGAUGUACUGUUGGAGGAAGGAAAUGCAACAAUUCUAACUCUAUUUGCCUGCCUCCUCACUGUCCUAUAUCUUAGAGAGCGACAAAGGAGGCACGCAGCUGUUCGUGCUGCUGCGGUGGCUGUGCCACUCCACCCCAAUGACCACGCGGUGGCUGCACAAAAUUAAAUCACUCCUUGUACUUCCGAUUGAAUUGAUCAAUCCUCCUUUUUUUUCUUCUAAUUUUUAAUGAGUUAUGAGAAUCUUUUCUGCAACAUUAUGUACAGGAAAUUAUAAGUCAACUGCGUGGUAAGAGCUUUUGGGCUCUUGGGAAUUUCACAGCAGAGUAGAGGAAGAAUUUCAAGGUGUUAAAUCCAUCAACUUGAUAAUAGAAAACAGAGAAUUUUUUGUAGUGAUUUAUUACGAGGAAAUUCCAUUGUA